AUGUAUGUUGAUGUGCUCUGUGCAACUACUCCACAUGCAUUCCGAAUUUAUCAGAUUUUGAAAACCAAAACAUAUUACAUAGUUGUGUUAACACUCUGCGACUAUGCCUUUGACAAUAGUUCUCGGCCAGUCAACCCAAUUGGAAGAACGGGUCUUCGAGGAAGAGGUGCUCUCGGAAGGUGGGGUCCAAAUCAUGCGGCUGAUCCUUUGGUGACGAGGAACAAGAACGGCAAACUACAAUUUGUUGCUAUUGAACGUGGAGACACCGGUGUGUUGGCUCUAAAUGAUCACAGGGUUUUGUUCAACCUUAUUCUCUUAACUCUUUAUACGCUCAUUCGUGUGAAUGGGCCAUUCCUGGUGGAAUGGUCGAUGCGGGCGAAGGGUUAUGUCGAUGAUCCGAGAAAUACUGAUAAUGCUUGGAUGGAAACCACCUGCAUGAAUUUUCAUGACACAACUGGUCUUUUGGAUAAAGUUGAACUCAAGGCUGGAGAUGAUGCUGUGAAUGUUAGAUGGAUUGAUGUUGACGCCAAUGAGCCACUCUAUGCUUCUCAUUCGGAUCUGAUUGAGCUUUUGAAACAACAUCAUAAUAAAAAGUAA